UACUCCCUUUGGCUGAGAGCUACGUCCAUCUUAGCGCUAACCGGGUUUUGCUUCUCAAAAAAAGGGCUCCCACUAGUGUCAUUUCGAAGCCUUUCACCGACUCUGCUCUUGGUCGCCGUUUGGGCAGCGAGCGAUUUUGCAGGGCUUGUUUCUCCGCUACGCGCCUCCAAGUACGGGAAAACACUUAAGCAGUAUUGACUUCAGUAUGGACCGAUAUGAAGAUAUAUCUGAUUGUGAAGUGGAUCACUCUUUCUUUGAUAGCGAUUUUGAAGAAGAGGUGAAGAAAGACAGAGCAACAACAGAAAUAAAUAAAAUGAAAAGUUCUGGACCUGCACAAAUAAAAGGUUCAGUUACAGAUGAUUGUCAUUUGAAACAGAAAGCCAAAGUGAUGGAGGAUAACAGUAUUGAGGAAGAAAAGCAAGCUAAACAGGCAGAAUAUCAAAAGGAAAACAUGUUAGGAAAUGGUGCUCAUAAUUCAAAUAAUGCUCUUUCUUUGUUAGCUUCUUUAAAUCUGGAGGAUCCAGUUGAUAGAAUCACAGCACAAAAUGAACAAACCCUUCAUGAAAACAUUUCAGUGCAAAUUCCCUUAAGAGAGAAAGAAUGUGAAGAAAAUUACUACACAGAUGCAGAAAACAGUAGUGAUGAUAGCAGAAAUCAGAGAGUUAGACAUAAGUUCUCUAAACAGCCUAAUGGUACAAAGGUUAAUAGGAAUGAUAGUUCCUCCUCCUCUUCCCCAUCUUCUAGUUCUGAUACAGAUUAUUCAGACACUGAUGGUUGCCUGUCAGACUCAUCAUGUUCUUCAGGAAAAAAACCCAUAAGAUCACCACUUCUUUCAUCAGAACAACAGUCAAACGAAGGAAAAAAGUCAGUGGAAGUAAAAUCAAAAUUGGGUGACCACGCAGAAGAAUCUGAAGAUACAGUUACUGAUGUCACUCCUCUGUCAACCCCAGAUAUCAGUCCCAUCCAAUCUUUUGAAGUGGCAGCAUCCAAUGAUAAGAAAUUAAAGGUUAAAAGACAACAAAAUGUCAGCCAGGAGUUACAUGAACCUGGGGUAGAUCACAAAUGUCUUCAAAAGGUACUACAUGAAGCUAUGGACUUGAAUAACCUUUUGAAAGCUUUCCUGCAAUUGGAGAAAAAGGAUCAACAAGAACUGGCAUUGAAUCAGUCUUCUCUAGCAUCAAGGAAAAACUACUCAUUCACAAAUGACGAAGUACGACAAAUUGAUCGGGAAAACCAAAGGCUCUUAAAAGAAUUGACAAAGCAUUCUGCAAAACCCAGAAACAAAAGUGCCUCCAUUAAGAAACCUUCAGGCUCAGCACCUAAAAUGUACCACAGUGCCAUCAACAGGCAGAAGGAACAGCAGAGGAUCGACAGAGAGAAUCUGGCUUUUUUGAAAAGACUUGAAGCAGUGAAACCAACAACUGGCAUGAAGCGCUCAGAACAGCUCACUGACUACCAGCGGCAGAUGGGCUACUUUCGCACUUCUGGAACUCCGAGGCGAGGAAAGUCUGCCUUGAAUCAUCAGAGUCCAUCUAGAGGUACAUCCCGAACUUCCAGUCAUAGUGCAUCCAGUACUAUAAAUCAAAGGAGUGAAAAACCAGUUUUUGAUAAAUGGUGCACUGCAGCAGUUGAACCCCAGUAACAUCCAUGGCGCUUCGUUAAAAAUAAUUUGCACUUCGCUGUCAGAUUUCUAAACUGAUGGUUGGGGAUUACUGUAAUUCUGUGCAGGACUGUUGUAAUAUUGAAUAAUUAAAGGAUCCUGGAAAGUAGUAUUAACUAUAAAAUGGAUACAAUCUUGAUUCUUUUUUUUUUCAUCUUUCUAAUAUGUGUUGCACAGUAUCUUUAUAGUCAGUAUUUCUUAAAACAAUACUUGUAUUAAAAAGUCCCAAUAUUGCAAGCCUUAUUUCCUCAAAGUCAAAUGAAAUCGAGGUUUGAAAAGUAGGGAUAGGAUAGACCAGAAAUAAAAAUUCAUUUGUUUUUAGUCUUAAAUUUUGAAUUUCUUACCAUGAAAUUUAUGUAACUUUGUAUUGCAAACUUUUAAUUUCAUAAUUUACAAGAUGUAAUAAAAAUAUUAGACAGAGAACAUUUAACAUACACGUCGGCCUUGGUGCUGUCAGUUACAACAUGGAAAACAUAAACUGAAUCUUUUCAGAUCAGUAAUCCAAUUCUAGAAAUAUGGAUUUUAGAUAAGCAGUAGACAUCUAAAUAAAUGUAAAAAGUAUUGUCUAUUAUCUAGAACUCUAAAAAUCUUGUACUGUAAUGUGUUGACAAUUUUGGUCUGUGAUAUGUUUGCACAAUUAUAUUUAUUAAAUUGUUCUCUAAAAUUUUGUUUGUUGAAAUAAAAAUGAACAGAAAUCUUGUGGAUGCACUUCUUAAAUCUUGGCACUUUGGAAUCUUUCCAUAAGCAUAUUUUUCUUUGUCAAAAACUACAAAGUGUGAUUACUUAUGAAGGUAUGAAAAUUGUACAUCUGUCCUUUUAAAAUUAAGUAAAAUAUUUA